GUAAAUGUUGACCCCGGGACUUUCAAAGCGAAAUCUAAAUUACAUUUCUAAUUGCUGUUAAAAUGGCUGCAACGGCAUCAAAGAACGCGAUCACUCUUAAGGGAUCCACUGAAAUCGUUGCCGAGUUCUUUGAUUAUGGAAUCAACAGCAUCCUGUACCAGCGCGGAAUCUAUCCACCUGAAAUGUUCACCCGUGAACAGAAGUAUGGUCUCACACUACUCAUGAACACAGAUGAAUCCAUCAAAGAUUACCUUUCCAAGGUCAUCUCACAAAUCAAAGAGUGGCUAAUGAACAAGACUGUCAGCAAGCUGGUGGUUGUUAUAAAGAGUUUGUCUGCCAAUGAAGUGCUGGAGCGAUGGCAGUUUGACGUCGAGUGUGACAAAGCUGUCCUUGCAGAAACGAAGCCCGUGGAGAAGUCUGAGAAGGAAAUACAUGAGGGGAUCCGGGCUGUCAUCCGCCAGAUAACUGCCUCUGUUACAUUCCUCCCUCUCAUAGAGGAACCCUGCAGCUUUGACCUUCUGGUGUACACGGACAAAGACCUGGACGUGCCUGAGUCAUGGGGAGAGUCUGGGCCGCAGUUUGUUGCCGACUCUGAAGAAGUGCGCCUGCGCUCCUUCACCACAACCAUACACAAGGUGGACACCAUGGUCGCAUACAAGAAGGUCUAACUCUCUCGGGUGUUGGGACUGAAGACAUAUAUAUGCAGAAAUGGGUGUGCGACACAAAGGUGCUUUCUCUUGUGCUAAACUCAGAAUUGAUGGUGUUGAUUGCAAGAAGGCAUCAUGGUUUUUCAAUGGACUCAUUAAUUCAUUGUUCAAUAUUGUUUGCAGUAACAGAUACAAUCAUAAUGGCUGAACAACAGUAACAGUUUUAAUGACAGUUUCAUAAAAGUGAAAUGGUGAGAUUAUUGUUUGAACCUGUUUCAUAGUAAAGUGUGUGUUCCUUUGAAAACAUUUUUGCAAAAGUGUUAGAAAUCAUUUAAACAAUACCUUCAUGCAUCUGACUUAAAUUCAGACUAGUUUGGGCCAAGUGUUUGGGACACACUUCAUGCAAUGGAAAUUCACAAAUCAGGGUUAUUAAAGUGUUGUUAAGGACAUACUUCUACUAGAAGUUCAAGUAGUAACAACAGGGUUAUUUCAGGUUUUGAUAUGGUUAACAUAUACUGUUAUUACUAUUACAUAUGUAUUUGUAAUACAUGUGUGCUCUUUUGUCUUUAUUCUAUCUCUAAAUUAUUGUGUGUCUCACAUACUGCAAAACAGGGUUGACUUUUUUUGAAAUGACUGCUAUUACUAUUACAUAUGUGUUUGUAAUACAUGUGCUUUCUCUUAUCUUUAUUUCAUCUUCAAAUUAUUGUGUAUUUCAAAUACUGAAAUGAUUUAUCUUGAAAUGUUUAAAUGAAAUAUAUGAAAUAAUUAUGUACUUUAAUAUCUGACAACUGCUAGAAUUUUGAAAACAAGAUAUUUUAGAGAAAGUUUAUUUUGACAUGUCUUUUACAUGCAAAGUCAUAUUUUUUUCUAAAUUGUUUCUUUUCAAUAGAGAUCCAGUACCUUAUUGUCAGAUAUAUUCAAAGUGUUAAGAAAUUUAACAGAAGAAAUCCAGAUUUGUUCACCAAAACAUGUUUAUGCCAUAUAAUAAAGUGAUAUAAGUUUAGGUUGAACAUAUUCCAGCCAAUUGAGACAUGGUUCUACAGUGUGUGAAAGGUUUGAUUCUACAGUAUGUGAAUGGUUAGAUUCUAGUGUGUGAAAGGUUUGAUUCUACAGUGUGUGAAAGGUUUGAUUCUACAGUGUGUGAAAGGUUUGAUUCUACAGUGUGUGAAAGGUUUGAUUCUACAGUAUGUGAAAGGUUUUAUUCUACAGUGUGUGAAAGGUUUGAUUCUACAGUAUGUGAAAGGUUUGAUUCUACAGUGUGUGAAAGGUUUGAUUCUACAGUGUGUGGAAGGUUUGAUUAUACAGUGUGUGAAAGGUUUGAUUCUACAGUAUGUGAAAUAAUGGGCAGGUUCAACAGUAUGUGAAAUACACAAAAUAUGUCAUAAAUCUUUUUUCUUUUGUCUAAUAUCUCCACAUCUUGUCUAAUCAUCAUGUUGAAAUUAUGUACAUAAACCAAUUGAAAUGA